GGGGAGGAGGAGCGCGAGCGCGUGCUGCCGCCAGGCCGGCGGCGCGCGGCGAGGCGGGCGCAGAGCGGCAGGGGAAGCGGCGGCGGCACCGCUGGCUCGCGCUCUCCAUCUGCCAACCGCCGGCUCGCGCGCCCGAGUUCGUAGAUGGGGCUGAGCGGCGCCCGCUGAGGAGGGGACGGGGAGCGGAAGCUGGUGCCAGCCGAAAUGUAGCUCGAACGCUCCCUCUGGUGGUUCCGCUCUGACGCCGGCGUUGGGGAAUUGCGCAGGGAAUUCGAGAGUUACGGCUCUGGCCGAGUGGCGGGAGCCCACCGUUUUCGUGUGGGCGCCUGCUCGCUUAGCUGGCUACAGGGAUAAAUAAGCCGGUGCUACUUAACAGCAGCCAUGCAGCAGGUCCUGGAUAACCUGACUGAUCUGCCGACAUCAACGGGCGCUGAAGAAAUAGACCUGAUUUUUCUUAAAGGAAUUAUGGAAAACCCUAUUGUAAGAUCACUUGCUAAGGCUCAUGAGCGACUGGAAGAUUCUAAACUUGAGGCUGUCAGUGACAACAACCUGGAGCUGGUGAAUGAAAUUCUUGAAGACAUCAGUCCCUUAAUAAAUAAAGAUGAAAAUAUUGCAGAAUUGGUUGGAAUACUCAAGGAGCCUCAUUUUCAGUCACUCUUGGAAGCCCAUGAUAUUGUGGCUUCAAAAUGUUAUGAUUCCCCUCCUGCUAGCCCAGAAGUCAAUAAUUCUUCAGUGAACAACCAGAUUGUUCCAGUAGAUGCUAUUCGUAUUCUUGGAAUUCACAAAAGAGCAGGAGAACCACUGGGUGUUACGUUUAGAGUUGAGAACAAUGAUCUGGUAAUAGCACGAAUUCUUCAUGGUGGAAUGAUAGAUCGACAAGGUCUUCUGCAUGUAGGUGACAUUAUUAAAGAGGUGAACGGCCAUGAGGUUGGAAACAAUCCAAAAGAAUUGCAGGAACUGCUGAAAAAUAUUAGUGGCAGUGUCACUCUGAAGAUUCUCCCCAGCUACAGAGACGCUGUUAUUCCUCAACAGGUUUUUGUGAAGUGUCAUUUUGAUUAUAAUCCAUAUAAUGACAACCUCAUCCCAUGCAAAGAAGCAGGUUUGAAAUUUUCUAAAGGAGAAAUUCUUCAGAUUGUAAACCGGGAAGAUCCAAAUUGGUGGCAGGCUAGUCAUGUCAAAGAAGGAGGAAGUGCAGGGCUUAUUCCUAGCCAGUUCCUGGAAGAGAAGAGAAAGGCCUUUGUUAGGAGGGACUGGGACAACUCAGGGCCUUUCUGUGGAACAAUAAGCAGCAAAAAAAAGAAAAAGAUGAUGUAUCUCACGACAAGAAAUGCAGAAUUUGAUCGUCAUGAAAUCCAGAUCUAUGAGGAAGUAGCCAAAAUGCCUCCUUUUCAGAGGAAAACACUGGUCUUAAUUGGGGCCCAAGGAGUGGGGCGAAGAAGUUUGAAGAACAGGUUUAUAGUACUGAAUCCUACUAGGUUUGGAACUACAGUGCCAUUUACUUCACGAAAGCCAAGGGAUGAUGAAAAGGAUGGGCAAGCAUACAGAUUUGUGUCACGAGCUGAAAUGGAGAUGGAUAUUAAAGCUGGCAGAUAUUUAGAGCAUGGAGAAUAUGAAGGAAAUCUUUAUGGCACCAAAAUUGAUUCCAUCCUUGAAGUUGUUCAGACAGGAAGGACCUGCAUCUUGGACGUGAAUCCACAGGCCCUGAAAAUACUGAGGACUUCAGAAUUCAUGCCCUAUGUAGUGUUUAUUGCUGCUCCGGAGUUGGAGACUUUGCGUGCUAUGCACAAGGCUGUGGUAGAUGCUGGAAUUACAACCAAACUUCUCACUGACACUGAUUUGAAAAAAACAGUGGAUGAAAGUGCACGGAUCCAGAGAGCAUACAACCACUAUUUUGAUCUGACCAUUGUAAAUGACAACCUAGACAAAGCCUUUGAGAAGCUACAGACUGCUAUCGAGAGGCUGCGGCUGGAACCACAGUGGGUCCCAAUUAGCUGGGUAUAUUGAGGUUUCUCAAGAGGAGCUUAAGUAACAAGUAAAAUCAACAGCAGCGAAUAGGCUAAUGUGCCGUUGUGUAGAUACCGACGGUAACCUACGGCACCUGUGCAUUUUUACUCUGUGUAUAUUCAAAAGUACACUAUUCUGAAUUUUUAUAAAAAUGUUGAAGGGAAAGUGUACUUAAAUAUGUAAUUUAUUUUAAUUUUUCUAACUUUUUACAGAUAACCUUUCUAUUCAUAUCACAUGAAGGAAAUGCGUUUAAGCAUUUUUAUAUGUUUUGAUUUAGUACCUUUGCCUUUUUCAUCUAAGAAACUUUCAGUCAUUCACUUCAACAUUUACAUCUUGGUCUUACAUUUUCACUGUGAUUAAAAAAAGGAUACUUGAAACAAUUUUUGUAAAACUUGUUAAUGUCAGUGUUUAACUGGUCAAAAGUCAAUAGCUCUUACAAGGAAAUAACACUAAUGUCUUUGGGUUUUUUUCUUACUUAAAAAAACCAAUAAUUUCAUGGGAGCAGAAUUUUAAAUAUUAAAAGCAGCAACCAACACACAGCUCCAUUGCUCCAGCUUCUUUCGGCUUCUUGUUGGUGCAUUCUUGAUGGUUCACAAAUUCUUGAUGUCUCUUGAUUUAGGCAACUGUUGUGUAGGUUUCCUUUUAUGCGUCUCUUAAAAUAACGUAAAGCAAUACCUUGCAAGCUGCUUAUUAGGCUGUAGUUGGGAGCCAACCAGUUAGCCCGUUAUGGUCGAAGCGCUGACUGUAGAGAGCUUGUACGCAAGGUAAUACAGUGCAAUUUGAAUCAUGGUGAAGUAGCAUGAGAGAACCUGAUAACACGGAGCCUCCUAGAGUGACGCUUAAUGUGUAGGACUAUUUAUUCACACUUAUGAAAACACAUUGCUUUAAAACAGAAGAAAAAGGCAUUUUCUUUUCUUAGGACAUUGUUCAGUAUUUGUAGAGUGAUCUGUGGCUUAAUUUCCUGUGAUAUGUAGCUGGGUUCUAUAUUCUCUUUUUUUGUGUGUGAUCAACUGCUGUAUUUUUAUGAGUGUGAUAUAAUGGAAUUUCUGUGCUUUUUGUUACAUUGUUUUUAAUUGCAUUUUUCAUUAGGUAGCUUGUGAAUUGGAAGCUUACUGCUAAAAAGCAAUGUUGUUUAUACCUUUUUGUUUUACAACAUAUUUCCUUUGUUUAGUGACAGCUCUCCCCUAGGUAGGCUCAUCGCUGUAAUUCGUAUUAGGUUCAAGUUCAUCGAUCAAAGCUUACGCUGAUGUAAAUUUCUGCUUAACAAGAACAAAAUGAAAAUAACAGCUUGUUGCUAAGACUAGCUCUUUUUGUGACCAUAUUUUAUAUUAUAAUGUCAGCUGUUGUAGAUAGUAACAUUCGCCAUCACUUACCAGGUUAGGUGUCGAAACUGAAGUCAUCUAAGUGUUUAAUUUCUCUUCCAUCUGGUGACAGGCACCUGGCUUCUGAAUUCUUUUUCAACACCAAAGUGUAACACAGAAUGCUAUCAAAAGGCAACUUCCUCAGAACUAUUUCUGAAGGAAAAGAGGCUUAGAUGUUGUAAAACACUAUUGCUUCCUGGAGCUCUUAAAGACUCUUAUGUGCACAAGGAAAAGAAAAAUGGAGUUGAUGCAGUAUAGGAGCAGUGUAAGUCUCAAAAAACCCUCAAAACACCCAUAUACUAAGGAUAUACUAAGGCUUGAGAUCCCAGUGAAUGUGGGAACUGUGUGUAGCACAUGUAAUUGUUGUGGCUCUUAAUACUGAGAUUUCAGUCUUGUAGAGGGAAUCUGAAAUUCUCUAAGGAAGAUUUGAACCAGUGCUUUGAUUUAUUGUUAUACUUUUCAGGAUGUGUUUUCUCUGGUUUUGUUCAAGUUUGGCAGAGCUUUUAAAUGUGGCACCAGCAUGAUACUUUCAUUUUCCUUUCCCAGAGACGUAUACUGUGGUCCUAUCGCUCAGAGGCUGCUUUGAGAAAUGGAUCGAGUGUUGUAUGUAGCAGCAGUGAUAGCAGAGCCAUUGCUUGACUAUUUUAACGAUUUGCUGUUGGCACUAUAUGCUGAACGUGACUAAACUGUGUUUGUGUAAUGUGUAAUAGGAGACCUGCAUAUGCUGUAAAUAAGAUGGGCUAUCUGGACAGAUACGAUGCCUUUUCAUUAUGAGUUAGAAAAUACUCUAUUUGUGAUGCCAAAAGUGGGCUGAGCUCACUCUUCCCUAACAAAUGGCAUGAGAAGAUUCCCCAGUUUCCACACCAUAGUACUUUUUUAUAUUGCAAAUACACUUACUUUCAUCUUUUUUUUUCUCCCAUAAAUUUACUUAACCAAGCGAAACACAUGAAACAUUGGCACCAAGGUUUAGUCAGGAAAACCUUCUGUUUCCAUCCCAGAGAGAACACUGUCAAAAGAGCUUCCCUAGUUCACAAUCUCCUAAUAGCCACGUAUUUGCUAAAGCCUAAGGCUUUAGCUUUCGCGACAGGUUCCCAUAGCGUUUUUAAACCAGCCGUUCACACAGUGGAGCCCAGUAGCUGCGCAUUCAGUGGUGUUGAUGUAGAUGCUAGUGAGAAGUACAGUUCUGAAGCAAUAAGAGAGGAUGGCUUGCUUAUGUUGCACGCAAAAGUUCAUAUCAAAGUGUCUGUGGGUUUUAACUGGAUGUCCACGUGCAGGUUGUAAGGCGGGGCGGAACCCCCCAAACACCACACUCCUUGCAUCUCUUCAUUAAAUCUUGAAAUUUGAGGCUGGCAGGUGUAUAACGUGGAAGGGGGGAGAGGGGUUGGUUUGUUUUCGUGGGUGAUGGGUUUUGGUUUGGUUUUAGAAAAAUCAGAUUUUUCUUCAGAUAUUCUUCUUAGUUUGUCAGUACCUGGUUGGGUGACUAGAAAGAGAAUGACAGUUAAUUUUUUCUAAAAAGAGUGUUCUUGGAGGUUCUUGGAAAUGUGCGGUUUCAGUCAUACGCACCGUGGUGGUAGUGUCUACCUGCCAGGGUAUGCUAGGUCAGGUGUUGGAGAGAGACCUGUACAUGGUGCAAUUAGGGGGGAAAGACACUGUGAAAGGCUAGUUUUGAGCAAGUGAAAAAUAUUUCACAUAGCAGCUGUUUGAAGCAUUUUGGAGGAGUUAAAAUGACUAGGGCUUCAUGUAUCUCGUUCUGUACUGACCAUUCAUUUUCCAGAUACUAACAGGAAAACUUUUUACAUUGACUGUUACUGAUAACAAUAGGUGUGUCUGAGCGAGGUGAAGAUGCUGCUAAAUGUUUAAGAUAUGUGGUAUGUAUCACAAGAUAAAUAUUUAAGUAGUUUAGAAAAGUAAAUUAUCAAAUAGUUGUCUGUGUAUAUGUAUGUAUGUGGAUGGUAAAACAGAAAACGCUGACAUCUGCUAUCACAUUACUAAGCUACCAUGAGUUUAUCCAGAAAUGUACCUGCAUGUGAGGCUUUAGAACCGGUACACUUCUCUACCUGGUUUAUUGUGUUUACUAAUGUAUAUUUUUCUAAAUAUACAGAUAUUUCAAACUAAAAAUUCUAUAUUUAUCUGUAAUUUCUAUCUGUUUUGGGCAGUGCAUGAGGUGCUGUAAAAUUCUGUACAUAGAGACUUAUAGAAGAAACACUGUAGUUGCCCUGUGAAUGAAAAGUUAUACAUAGAAAGUAGUCAGUAUGCCAAGACCCAUAUGUUAUUUCCUUAAAUGCACCAAAAAUUCCCCUAAGUGUGCGCCAGUCUCAACUUCAAUGUACAGACUAAGGUGCACGGGUCCCCAAGCAUUACCUCGCUGUCUCUCGGUGUUCGCUGGCAGGUCUGCUGUAGGUUCUACAUCAUGUGACAAGAUGCAGUCAAUUAAAGUUCAGUGGGAUAAUUAUAAUGGGAUAUGUCAUCUUGCGUAGAUUUAUAAAGGUCUUUCAAAAUGUUCUGCAAAUAUAAAAUGAAGGUAAAACUGGAGCAGAACCACAGACUGACGCAGGCAAGGGAAAUGGAAUUUAUAGCCAAUGCCAUAUCCUUAACCUGUUCUGUGCUCUCCGGUCAGUGCGGCUCUGGGUACUUGGCCGUACAGAGCUCUGUGGAGCAGGCUGGCCGAUCAGCUCAUCGCUUUUGAAUUUGCGUUUAUAUAAACUGCCACACCUUGAAUAGGCUCAAAAUGUGACGCUUUUUUCCCAAUCCUCUGUACAGUUGUAACUCGUUGCAUCUUCUAAAACCAUACCUAAGUGACUUGCGGUACGAGUUGCCUGCAGCUCAGUGUUUGGGAAGUCAGCUGGAUUUUUAUUUGUUUUGAAGAGGAUGAUUCAGAGAAGAAAUAGGAAACCUGUUUCUCUUUUAAACACAGACAGUGGCUGGCUAGGUAGCCUUCGGGGCCAAGCUGGCCUCGCUGCUAUGCUUAAGGACCAGUGGAGAAUGACCCAGUAGAGCACCACGCCGGGAGUCGGGAGCUGUGGGUUAUUUCCCAUCUUUACACAUGAACUAUUCCUGUGAGCACAAACCAAUUCAGAAUUCCUUCACCUAGUGCUUGGUUUCCCAUCCAGUCUUCAUCAAUCUGUCUCUUCAUUCAGACUGAACCUUGAGGCAGAGGCUGUUUCUCAGUACAUCUGUAGCGCCUGCUGCGGCAGACUGAUUCCCUGUCACCCGCUGCGCCUGUAGGUACAGCUUUAAGCCAAACUGCAGGGGGGCUGCUGCAUCUGUCAUGCAAAUGUAUUGGGACUGUUUGCAUCAUGUUGGGUUUCUGGCCUCACCCAAAUUCUGCAGGGUUAUAGUACCGUAUUGGUAUUGCCAAACUUCACGAUACUCCUUUUGCAGGAGUUUAUCAGUGCCGAGGUAGCGGUUAUUGUAUAGAGAGACUUGUAGUCUGCUCGGCCUCUUGCCUUAAAUACCCCUCCAGUGGUCAGUCCCUGCUCAGAACCGCUCCUGGGCCGCUACAGGGAUUGCUGUAGCGAAAGGUACUUCGUGUGCUCUCUGUGCUGGGCUGUUGGCGCUGGGGUGGUGAAGUGACGGCCUGGCCUGAUUUUUUUUUUUUUUUUUCCCUGGGUUUCUUUCUUUGGCUUGCUGUUUUUGGUUUUAAUGUAUUUCUAACGAGUUUACUGAUGGAAAUUGUCUGGGAUUCUUAACUGUUGUCUUGUAGAGGAACCAGUGGUCAAUAAAUAUAAGCAUUGGUACUUAAGACUGGUAGAACUUGCUGUUUUCAGAGGCAGAUUUGGCUUCCAAACGUGUUAGAAGUGCACUCGUGCGUGCGCACGCACACGUGCAUAUAAAUACAUAAAUAACACUUCGGGGUAAGUCCCGCAAGUAAUUCAGGCCUGAGCUCCCCGCGGUGGGAUACAGUUCCCCAGCCCGUUGCGCGUUGAAGUGCUGCGCUCUCAGCUCCGUUGCUGGUGCUGCAGCUGGAGCUUACCUGUACGGGCUUAAAACCACACUCCAGCUCGGCGGGGGCUGUUCAGCAGUUUCACCUCCACAUAGUUUUGUUUUUUUUUUAAGCUGGGUCUCAGCAAUAUUUGUAUUUUAUAGAAGGAAUUACACUUGAAGUAAAUGUGGAUUUUGUUCUCAGUGUUUUUAACGCUUUCUCAUGCUACUUGGGUAUGGAGUUGCUUUUGCUGCCAGGGCAGCGGCUGGAUGUGGAAAGGUUACUGACCAACCUGCCAGGCUAACACAGGGAGAGUGGUCCUGGAAACGCCUUCUCCUGUUUAUCCUUUCCGUUUUAGCUCCACACCAACGCUUGCCCACGCGAGUUCGGCUGUCCUCACGGCUGAGCCAAGCAUUACUCCCUGAGUAGCCAGCAUUUCCCUACAAUACACGGAAGCCUCUUCCCCAAACCCAAGGAACUUCUCUGUCACUGAUGUCUUACAUAGAACCGUAAGUGCAGAGCAAAAUGGAUGGUGCUGCUCUGUGCAGUUCUGGGGGUGGCAGCAAAGCUGCUGGCUGCAAAAAAAAUGGGGGUUUUGACUGAUUUUUUUUUUUUUUUAUUGGUUUAGGUCUUGUACACAGUUAUAUAUGGAGAUCACUGUUGAAAUGUAUUUUUCCCCUUUUAAAAACGUGUGUUGGGCAUUCCUUCCCCCCCAGCCCUCAUCAGAUACUGCCCGUGUGCAGCGUUCGUGUCGUGUGGUGCAAGAAGGUUUUAUAUUACAAGAGAGUUCAUCACUCUCCCGCCCCAAACUGGGCUAAAAAGAGAUGUAAAAUCUUGGUGAAGUGUUUGGAUUUGAAUGUGUAUUAGAAAUCUUUCGCCGUGCGUUCCCUCACCUCGCUUGUUCUCACAACUGGCUUUGCCUCUUGGAAGCUCUUGUCAUUUUUUUUUUUAAUUUCUAUUACAUUGAACUGGAUUUGACAUUUGUAAAACUUUAAAAACUGCUCUCCUGUAAAAAACCCCUCUUUCUUUAGCUGAAAACAUCCUACCAAAAAAUCUUAACUACUCACUAAACUUUCUAAUGUAAACGUGAAGAUGAUUUAGUACCUAAUUGCGGUUUGAGUACAGCCCUGUAGAGCAGGCCUGGGCGAGGGACGUGUUAGCAUUCUGGCUUCAUAAAGUCAGCCAACACAUAGGACAUUUUUAAAUUGUGACUUGUUUUCUAAAACCCCCAUUGUCUUUUUCACAGCUACUAUUUUCACAAUAAACACAGCCAAACAUAAAAAUGUUAAUGUAAAAAUUGUGAAAUUCUGUUAAUUCCCAACAAAAUAUUUUUGUAUAUAAUAAAGAUUUAAUAUUGAAAAAUAUAA